AUGGAAAAGGUUGAUAAAAAAGAAGAAGAAACAUGUUAUGCAUAUGUUGAUGCUGAAAUGGCUCAAUUUGAAGAAGUUGCUGGAACAUGUUCAAAUAAAGAUAAUGAGAAGGAAUUAUGUUGUACAGUAAGAAGUGUAACUAUUGGUUUAAUAUUUGUCAUUGGAAUGUCUUAUCUUCAUCAAUGGGGAAAUUUUCAAAAAAUGGCUCCUUUUAUAUCAUCAGUUUUAGUUAUUGUUGUUGCUUAUCCAUUAGGAUAUCUGUGGCAAUUAAUUGUACCAAAGUCCAAACCAUUUACAUUAAAAGAACAUGGUUUUAUAUUAGUUAUGGCUAAUGUUGCUUAUAUGUAUAAUUCUGUAUUUAUUUAUGCAACAUUAACAACAUUAAAAGUACUUGAAAAUGAAAAAGUUAAUUUUGCAUAUUAUUUCUUUUUUGUUCUUUCAAUUCAAUUUCUUGGAUUUGGUCUUGCAGGUAUUCUUCGUCGAUUUUUGGUUUGGCCAUGUGAAGUAAUAUGGCCCCAAAAUUUACCAUUAAUAGCUGUAUUACGUACAUUUCAUGAACGUCAAUCAAGUGUAACAGAAACAUCAUAUGGAAAUCAAAAUCAAAGUUUAAAAAAACGUUUAAUGAAUAAUCGUUUAUUAUUUUUUAUAUUAAUAUCAUUAAUAUCAUUUAUAUAUGAAUGGUUUCCAUUAUAUAUAAUGCCAAUAUUAGCAUAUUUUUCUUGGAUGUGUUGGAUAAGUCCAAAUAAUAAUGCGUUAGCACAAUUAACAGCAGUACGUGGUCUUGCUAUUGCUGGUGGAGGUUUAACAUUAGAUUGGUAUCAAGUAACACGAUAUUUAGGUUCACCAUUAAUAUUACCUCGUUGGGCAUUAAUUAAUAUAGCAUUUGGUUUUGUAUUAAUUAUAUGGUUUAUUGUUCCUAUUGUAUAUGGAUCAAAUGUUCGAUCAUUUACAACAUAUCCAAUAGGUGGAGUUGUAUCAACUGAAUUUACAGCAUUAAGUUUAGUUACAGCAUUUACAUCAUUUGCAAGUAUAACAGCUGUUUUUGUUCAUACAUUAUUAUUUCAUGGUGUUGAUAUAUGGCAACAAUUUCGAACAAAAACUUUAGCAAAUAUGGGUAAUGACAUGCAUGCUAGAAUGAUAUCAAUUUAUCCAACAGUACCUGAUUGGUGGUAUUUAGAAUUAUUUGCAUUAGCAUUAAUUGUAGCAUGUGUUACAUGUGAUCAUGCUGGAUGGCUAAAGUGGUAUUAUGUUUUAUUAUCAUUAUUUAUAGGAGCUUUAUUUACAUUACCAUUUGGAUUAGUUUCAUCAAUAACAGGACAAUUAUUACACAAUUUAUCUGUUUAUUAUUUAUGUUUAUUAAUUGGACAAUCAUUAUCAUUGCAAACAUCAGCUAAAGAAAUCUAUACAUUUAUAGCACUUGGUUAUAUUGUUUUUGUUCAAACAUUAGUUUUAAUUCAAGAUAUGAAAUUAGCUCAUUAUAUUAAAAUAGGCCCACGUUCAUUAUUUGCUGCUCAAUGUCUUGCUGGUUUUGUAUGUUCAACAUUUUCAAUUGGAAUUCGUUAUAUGUAUAUUAAUAAAGGUUAUCAAACAAGUAAUUGGUCAAUAUUUAAUAAUACGAAACUUGGCUGGACACUUUUAAAUGAUUAUAAUGGAUUUUUUAAUGGAACUAAUUUAUCAAAUAGAGAUUUAUUAUGGGCUUUUCUUGUUGGAGCAUUUAUACCAAUUCCUGGAUGGAUAUUAUCAAGAUUUCAACGUUUUCAUUGGUUAAAUAAAUUACAUUGGCCAUUAAUAUUUGUAACUAUUGGUUGGAUGCCAUCGAUUGUUCCAGCAGGUGCUUUAUUUACCUGGCUUUUAAUUGGUUUAAUUGUUUAUUUUUCAUUUGGAAAAUAUAGUUGGAGACAACGUCAUGUUUAUUUAGUUUCAGCUGGACUUGAUCUUGGUCUUAAUAUAACAAUAAUUAUUGUUAGUACAGCAUUAGUUAAUAAAAGUGUUCUUUUUCCACAAUGGUGGGGAAAUCAAAAUACAACUGUUUAUGAUAGUUGUCAAAGAGCUGUUCAAACUUGGUAA